UCGUGGGCGGGGCCGGGCCGGGAGGACGGAAGUGACGCGGACCGCGCUGCGCCGCAGCAUGACCCAGUCGGUGGUGGUGCAGGUCGGCCAGUGCGGGAACCAGAUCGGGUGCUGCUUCUGGGACCUGGCGCUGAGGGAGCACGCCGCGGUCAACCAGCAGGGAGUUUAUGAUGAGGCAAUAAGCAGCUUCUUUCGAAAUGUGGAUACCAGAGUGGUUGGUGAUGGUGGCAGUAUUUCCAAGGGGAAAAUUUGUUCUCUGAAAGCACGAGCUGUCUUGAUUGACAUGGAGGAAGGGGUAGUAAACGAAAUUCUUCAGGGACCAUUGAGAGAUGUGUUUGAUAGCAAGCAGCUCAUCACUGAUAUUUCCGGCUCAGGAAAUAAUUGGGCUGUGGGUCACAAAGUUUUUGGCAGUCUUUAUCAAGAACAGAUUUUAGAGAAACUCAGAAAGUCGGCAGAGCACUGUGAUUGUCUGCAGUGUUUUUUUAUAAUACAUUCCAUGGGAGGAGGAACAGGAUCUGGACUUGGCACAUUUCUUUUAAAGGUACUUGAGGAUGAAUUCCCAGAAGUAUACAGAUUCGUGACUUCAGUGUAUCCUUCUGCUGAGGAUGAUGUCAUAACCUCGCCUUAUAAUAGCAUCUUGGCAAUGAAGGAACUUAAUGAGCAUGCAGACUGUGUGUUGCCCAUUGACAACCAAUCUUUAUUUGACAUCAUUAGCAAAAUUGACCUCAUGGUGAAUUCUGGAAAGUUGGGCACAACUAUAAAGGCAAAGAGUCUGGUUACUUCAAGUGCUGGGGCUGUUAAAAAGCGGCACCAGAAGCCCUUUGAUGCAAUGAACAACAUUGUGGCCAAUUUGCUGCUGAACCUAACAAGCUCUGCAAGGUUUGAAGGGUCCCUUAAUAUGGACCUUAAUGAAAUCAGCAUGAAUUUGGUUCUUCCUCAACUGCAUUAUCUUGUGUCAAGUCUAACACCACUGUAUACGCUGGCAGAUGUUAACAUUCCUACCCGAAGGUUGGACCAGAUGUUCUCAGAUGCCUUUAGUAAAGAUCACCAGCUAAUUCGGGCUGACCCCAAACACAGUCUCUACCUCGCCUGUGCCCUUAUGGUGAGAGGAAAUGUACAGGUUUCAGAUCUUCGCAGAAAUAUUGAAAGAUUGAAACCUUCUCUCCGGUUCAUCUCCUGGAAUCAAGAAGGCUGGAAAACCAGCCUGUGCUCAGUACCGCCUGUGGGCCAUUCCCAUUCGUUAUUAGCUCUAGCCAAUAACACAUGCGUGAAGCCCACCUUCAUGGAACUGAGAGACAGAUUCACGAGGCUCUACAAGAAAAAGGCUCAUCUUCAUCACUAUCUACAAAUUGAAGGGAUGGAAGAAAGCUGUUUCAUGGAAGCGGUGUCAUCUUUAUCAAGGCUCAUAGAGGAAUACAACCAACUGGAUGCCACAAAAUGCAUGCCUGUGGAAGAUUUACCUAGACUAAGCAUAGCUAUGUAAAAAAUACCCCAAAAAUGCAAUUUUUACUUUUCUUAAUUUUACAUUGGUUUUCAUCACCUUUCCUUUCUGUUUUGGAAUGUUUGUGAUUCAGAAAACCCACUUUGCACUUUUUCCUAUUAGAAAGUAUUUUUGUCUAAAAAAAAGAAAAAAGAGUGGUGGUUUUCAUUUCAUCACAAUUUGUGGGUAAUACCAGCCUGUGAAAUUAGUGAAGUCCUAUUACCUUAACUUCAAACAUUUGUCUUCAGAAAAUUCGCCUUUUCUAAAAUUGGAAAAACAGAGUUCCUCAACAUUUUUAUUUAUAAUCUCAUGUUUAGGCAUUUAUAAAGUGAUAAUUCAUGUCUUUUAAAAAAAUCAUAUACAGGUAUAUUUUUAUAUUUAUUUAUAAUUUAUUUUUUUAUAUCGUUUAAAUUCUCCUGAUUCUUUAAAAGCAAGUAUGAGGAAUAGCAGAACACAAUAUAAAUACUUCUAUGUAAUACCCACUAACUUUACAAGGAUAGGUUUUAUUAUAGUAUGAAGGAGAUUUUGUUUCUCCUUGGGGUAACCACUUGUUUGUACUCAAAAGAAUCCAAAUUUACAUUUAUUUUAACAUGAAUAUGUAUUAAAUUAUCUUCAAAUAUAAUGUUAUUAUUAAACCAGUUGAUUUCUUAAUAAUAAAUGUCUAUAUUUUUAAACAGUA